AUGGCAGCCGACAAACUGACCAUCCGAAUUCAAUCACUAACAAUGAAACUCUUCGUUUUCCCCUCAGCCCUGGAUAUUAAAGACAAGUCGACAUCUCAGAGCAGCACCCAUCAUGAGUACCCAGCAGAAAAUGCCGUGGAUGGUAGUGUUGCAACCUUCUCCCAAACAGCUAACGAUGGGACAGACUCCAAUCCUUGGUGGCAACUUGACUUGGGAGGAGAAUUCUGGCUUGGUAGAAUCACGGUCAUGAUCUGCAAAGAUUCACCAUGUGGGGCUUAUUUCAACGGAGUGACAGUACGAGCCGGCUUGAGCGAAAACUACACCGAGAACACCGAGUGCACUUCAUUGGUAACAUCUCCCUCUAACGGAGCCGUGCUUGAGUUCCUAUGUGACCCACCCGCCCUCGCACAGUACAUCAGCAUGGAUAAAGACCAAGCGACCCCUAGUGGGGGAGGGACAAUUCUCAGGAUAACUGAGGUUUCCGUCUAUGAAUAUGCAUCCGAAGAAUGUGCAAGUCAAAGUGUUUGGCGCUUAAGGGGUUCUAAGUGA